AUGGAUGCAACUCAAGGGCUUGAUUUUACCUGCGAUUUAGAUUUUUGGUUUGCAGAGAUCACCUCUGACGACGGUAUAUUACCAACAGGAAGUGGUCAAGAUACGAUACCAUUUACAUUUUCACCGUUGCCCGCAGCAUCGGCAACGGCUCCUUUCAGUUCUGAGACCCCCGGUGCCUCUACAAGCACUCUCCAAAUGACAGAAAUGUACCCAGAAAACAUUCCACCUCGUCUGGAAUCUACAGCUUUGUCGUCAGCUAUUUAUCCUCUCAAUAAUGCAGAGGAAACAAAUGCAUUAUUCAGCUCACCGUCAGAAUUGUUUUCCUCUGUGGACCUUGGAAUUGAAACCAGAUAUUCCCCUCCAUCAUUUUACGAGCCUGAAGCCCAGCCAUUUUCUAGCGACCAUGGCAGUAGUAUCCUCGAUAUCCCGUCCCAAUCCGAUAACACUUUCCCGUACCCCUUGAUCCCCAAUUUUUUCGAUGAUGAUGUCCUCCAGAACAAUGAUCACGAACAUCUACCGAUGCCCCUUGAACCAUCGUCGAGGACGGGGCAUUUUACACACCCCGUUGAAAAUGGCGAUUGCAGGACAAGUCAAAAUCUACACCUGGAUAAUCACUUGACGAAUUAUCUGUCAACAUCGAGUCCGAAGUCAUCAAACGCAGCAAAAAAAAUCCCAGCCGAGCAAUGUCGUUACAUUGACAUUGCUCACGGUGGAAUUUGGUUCGGAAAUGCUGGACCAUCCCCAAUGUGGCCUGCGGUUACUCAAAACAAUUGGCCAGAAGCGCAGGCACAUCCAACGCUCUCAAGCGUUGAAGAGCUCAUGUCAUACUUCGGGACCAGGAUGCACCACAACCUCUCAGGCGAGGUUUCGGUUACCAGUGAUUUCCGCUCCAGAAAUGGAGAAAAGGAAAUCAGGUAUACCAAAAAAUCCAACCAUGCGGAAUCAAUCCGUGAAGAGAGCUCCGGGGUCACCCCCGUAGAGCCCAAUACCCGGCUCAGACGCCAUGGUGGAGGGAAGCUUAACCUUCCCUCCAGAACCACCGAAUGCGACAUAUCUGUCGCAAGUACUUCCGCGUAUACACGGAAGCGAAGGGAGCACACGCCGGAGAACAACGGGCUUGGAACUCCCACAUCCGUUGUGAAAAGGCCACGGAUGCGGUCACCACUGGCCGGAUCCAGUGUGACAAUGGCCUCGGUGGCGUGCACCGAGGGAGAAAGAGGGGGCAAGAAAAGGGUCCCGGGGACCCUGACUGUGGCACCGCGCCCGCAGAUUACGCCAGCAGCGCCGAGCUGCCUGGCUACUGCAUUUCAACAGAGUCAUCUGUUGAUGCAUAAACGGGAGCGCCACCACAAGAACGGCAGGGACACCGGUUUCCAGGUGAUUACCGCUUGCGAAACCCGCGGUACACCAUCCAGGCGCUUCAAAGCCAAUACUAAAUAG